AUGGCAUCCAGCUCCAGUAACUCAACCAAUGGUAGCAAACCACAAACUGCUAUAAGGUUAGCCACAAUAAAACCAACGCGAGACCUAACCUUGGGUUUUGGAUCGACAAAUAAGGAUGUGACCAGGGGUGGCAUGCCAAAGCGAAAAUUCGUCCCCAACAUUCCUCAGCUAAAGGCUAAAGCUAAGUUAGACAAACUAUCCACGUUGCACCUCAGCUCUGGAAACAGAUCAUCAUCAUCAUCACAUGCACAGCAGCAGAACAGGACAAAACUUUGUAAUAAUGUGAAGAGAGAGAGAAAGGAUGGCGAAAAGGAUGACGACGAUGAUGAUGACGAUGAUAAGGCACUGUUGGCUGAACUGCUGAAAGAUGAUUUCAUUGAUGACGACGAUGAAGAUGAGGGUGGAUUGGAGAAGCCUGGCAAACAAUAUCCAAUCACACUGCCAUUUGCUGGCCUGGCUAAGAAAGAUUUCAAAGUCGAACUCGUUUCACUCAACGAUGUUAAAAGGAAAAGGGAAGAGGUAACGGAUCAAAAAUGUCCAUUAAAUGUUAUGGAAGUUGAUAAGAACGACCAACAACAAACAAAUGUUGCCAACCAUAACCAACAACAACCGACGAAUGUUGCCAACAAUCUCGAACAGAAUUUCAACAAAAGCAGCAACUCGUCAGCAAAUCCUAGUACAACUGUUAAUAUUGAAGAUAGUACAUUUUUAAAAGAUUUCAGCGAGGGCUACAUAGGAAAGUUGCGAAUUCGCAAGUCAGGCAAGAUGGAGAUAGCGUUGGGAAACAUCUUGUUAGAUGGGGACAAAGAGCUCCCUGCUCCAUAUUUACAGGAAGCAGUUUUGAUUGACAGAACGCACGACCCCAACCGAUUCAUCAGACUGGGAACCAUCAACGAACAAAUAACAUUCAUGCCUAAUAUCUCAAGCUUGCUGCAACAAGCCGAAACAGAAAAAACUCGCAAAAGCUAG